AAGAAAUCCAUAUUUGACAGAAGAGGAAGCGACUAUACAAUCAAAAAAAUGAACAAGUGUACUAACUUUGAACGCCACAAGAUGCAUGGUCAUGAUGCAGUAGAGUUGAAGAACUUCUGGGAAAAAGCCAUCCAAGGGCAAACUAGGCAACGAGAAAGUGAAGAGUCUAGGUUAAGCAAAAGUGCUCUGAACAAGCUUCGCCAUGAGUGGACUCAGAGGCUGGAAGGCAGGGCAAAGCUGGUCCAGGCACACAUGAAAAAGCAGAAGGAGCAGAUGGCACUCUUGUCCACUGAAGCUCAUCCUUUGCCAGAUAAAACCGUAGCUUAAACUUACGGUGAAAAUACAGAAAGCAUUGAACUUGACACUGACCUUCCUCACACACUAUGAAGUUACACUGCAGAACAAGCAAGAAGACAGACUCCUGCCCUUUUCCAGACCAGCUACUAGUGCUAUUAGUAAAGAUCCAAUAAAACUCACUGUAAAAAUUAGGACACAGUACAUAGUCUCUUAAAAAUGCAGAGGGAGAGGUGAGAAAUAAGCAUCUAUAAUUCUGCAUGAUUAUAUUAUUACUCUGAUGUAACAGGUCUUCAUAUGUAACAGCAUUUUCAAAUGACAACAUAUUUCUCAGAAAGAGAAUCAUUUGGUUAAUAGGCAUAAUACAUUCAGAUGUCUGUGUGUGAAGUCGCAAGCUUCCAUUUACAGAGCUCUCAGAUUCUGACUUCAUGCAGACAUAAGCCAUGCUGCCUGUCUUGAUAA